AUGGCUUUACAAGACGUAAGUGGCUUUCAGGACACCCCUAUGUCUCACAGGUGGAACACUCCUGCCUCACUAUCUGGGCCUAUGGGAGAUACCACUCCUCUCCUGGACAUGGCUGAUGAGAGGAUCCUUGGUUGGGGAAGGUUUAAAUCACCUGAGAGAGAUGGAGGGGUCCCUCUGCGCUUUUUCAUACCUACUCAGAGCUCUGUUCCUUUCCGCUGUGACAACAGACACACGUCCCUUUCUUCCCUGUCCACCUCAUCACCGCCCACCCGCCGCCCAUUCCCUUUGUCUCAUGGAACCACUACCCUGGCCUUUGUGUUCCAAGGAGGUGUUAUAGCAGCGGCAGACACACGUGCCAGCUGCUCAGGGCUUGUCGCCUGUCCCUCUGCCCAGAAGAUCCUGCCCAUCCACUCCCAUUUACUGGUCACCACUUCAGGCAGUGGUGCAGACUGCAUGCUAUGGGAGAGAAUCCUGGCCAGAGAGAUCCGCCUUUACCAGCUACGCCACGGCCGCCGCUUGUCAAUCACUGGCUCUGCCAAGCUCCUCUCUCAUAUGCUGCACCCCUUUAAGGGGACUGAUGUGUGUGUGGCAGCCACUCUUUGUGGCUGGGAUGUAGAGGAGGUUAGGAUGGAGGAAUUCAAGGGACAAAGAGUUGAUAGGAUGGGAUCGGGCAGAGACGACAGCAUCUCUCCAGUAAAACGGCCCCUUGAAGAGACAGGAAUGUCAACUAGUGAUGCUUGUAGUCAAGAUGACUUGACUGACAGUGCCUGUGAGAGAACAAGACAUGCAGUAACUGACGUGGACCUGACAAGAUCCCCUGUCAGGGAUCGUUGUGGCCCAAAGCUGUUCUAUGUGUGCAGUGAUGGCACCCGGCUGCAGGGAGAGCUCUUCUCGGUUGGCUCAGGUUCGCCUUAUGCUUACGGAGUGCUGGAUGGAGAGAUGCGGUGGAGCCUGAAUGAGGAGGAGGCUAUCUCAUUGGCCAGAGAAGCUGUGUACAGGGCCACACACAGGGAUGCAUAUUCAGGGAACUGUGUGGACGUUUUCCACAUCACUGCCCAAGGAUAUUGCCGAAGAGACAGGGAGGAUCUGAGAGAGGAGUACCACAGAGAGAGGGAGAGGGUGCUGAACAGGGGAAAAGAAGAGAGUGCGGAAGAUAAGAAAUAGGGAUUGAUAAAUAGGGAAGGGGGAUGAUUAGGGUUGGGGUUAGAGGGUAGGGGUAGAUUUAGCCCAUUCAUAGCUGCUAAUUACCUUUAGCGUCUAUUCAUGAACGUAUAUCUUUUGGCUGGGGGAGUUUUGUUAAGAGCACCGACGCUCGUGCUGAACAUUAACAUUCAUCGCUUGCAGUACGGUUUUGGAAACAUAAGGAACGUAUCUUUUAUAUCAGCCAUAUUUCCAUGUUGCAGCUCUUGUUUACAGAAAACAGAUGGAAGACAGAGGCGACUACCUCUGCUAAUUAGCUAUCUGCGUCUCCGAACACCUGUGUGUAAACGGAAGACGGACGCCGUAAUCAUGUUGUCACUAAAAAAUACUGUCGGCGGCAACUCUGUUAAAACCGGUUAAAUAGUGUACAGUAAAUGUAGCCUAUAUUUAGCAUUUGUGAAAUUAUUUUGAUGUGAUAGGAAGGCAGAGGGCUUUAUGUUUCUAGAACUGUACCGCAAUUGAGAAUUAAUUCACGUUUAGAUGGAGUAUUUGGAUGUUUGGACUGCCAGAGCCAAUUCACCUAGAAACAGAACAUGUCAGUUCCUUGUACUAUAGGGAGUAAUUUUAUGCUCCUUUAGUUCAUUCUUGGGCUAGGGUAGAUUUAAGGAAAAUAUAAAGUAAAUAGAAUCAUUGGCCGCUUUUUACAGAAAGUAAGGGAAAUGUAUGCAGAGAUGGUGGGGCAGAUACAGGGUGUCGGUGGAGAGGAAGAGAAUGAAGAGGAAAGGUUGGCAACAAGCAAGGUAUAAAUUAGAUGAGGGCUGCCACAGUCUGCCAGUGAGAUACUACUUCUUCUUGGAUUAAGUUUAACAGCGGUUGGCAUCCUGCCAGUGCAAUAGUGGCCGCUCUUAGCAUUUGGCGUCUUCGAUUCAAAGAAGACAGAAAAGAAAGAUGCCGGGAGUCAUGCAACAUCUUUGGUCUUGACUCUAGGUGUGGGGAAGUGGAGAUCAGUAGAGCGAGAGAAAAUACAGAGAGGUGGAGUAAAAUGGUGUGGAGUGGAGCGAAAGCUGAGUUUGAUUCGCGCAGAGCGUCAAGCAAAGUUGGUGAAGAUGAAAGUCCUGAAUGUCAAACUGGAACAAAAAGGAAAUUGUCUAAAAUUGGAGUGAAGGAUACGUCUAUGAAUGAUAGUGAUUUGCUUCUUUUUUGGGGGGGGUCUUAUUUUGAUUUGUUGUAUUUCUUAAGAACAGAGGAAGAUUGCAGUGGGCCUCAAAAGAAUCCGGACAACAGAAGUUUCGUGCUUUGAACUUCAGAGUAGAGCACCCGUCAAAGGAGUCACCUCAAGGGUGACGAUGGAUGUUCAUGUUGAAUACCUAAGGAGAAUUCCUGGUGUGGUUGGUGCCCGGCUUCUGACUUGCUGGGUGAAUGGAGAAAAGAAGAAAGUCUGUUGGUCCUAUUGUUUUUUCUUUUUUACAAAGAGCAUCUACCUACGCAUGUGAAGCUUGAUUAUGUAAGAUAGUGUUAGAGCUUUCGUUCCCAAACCACUGCAGUGUAAGAACUGGAUUGUUGUUUCAAGUGUGUGCAGACGGACAGAGUAUACUGAAGAACGAUGUGUAGAAGGACGACGGUGUUGCAAUUGUGGUGGGGUUCAUGAUCCCGAGUUCCUGGAGUGAAGGAGAUUGAGUUGGCAAAAGUUAGAGUAAUCAAUCGAAUCUCCAAUGCGGAGGCGAUUUAAAAUAAUUUAGAAAACAAGUGAUGCUAGUGAACUUAGGGUAGUGGAUGCACCACAGCCUGUAGUAAAAGUUUGCUGCCAGACAAACAAUACCCUGUGUGUUAAAAAGGUAGAGUUCAUGGCCACAGUUAUAAACUGUACGACUCAAGUCUCAAAGAAGUCUAUAAAACUGGACAUUGUGGCUGCGGCAGGAAAGUUUUUGGGACAUAAGGAUUUUACAUCUGAAGACAUGCAAGGGGUACUGGUGCCAGAAGAAGGCCGGCCCUCCGAGGCUCCCCUUGAGCCUGUGUAGGGAUCAGAUCUAUACAUUUUUUUUAACAGUAAAGUUGUUUGAUUUAAUACAAUUUUAGGUACACACUA